UGUUCUUUAGUCAAAGCGAAAGUGCAUUCUUAAAACGAUAGAAUGGAAGCAAGAAAGCGGAGCCAGCAUAAAUUAAUAUGCAAUGUGGUACGAAAGCUUAAAGUAAGAAAUUGUGGAGACGUUGAUUGCAAUCUGAUUGCAAUGGUUUACUUUUAUUCUCAUCCUUGCUUUCUUUGCUUUCAUCCUUGUGGCAUUAACAGUGUAUUAUGCAUAAUACUGGCAUUCUAGCUGCGUUUUUGCUUUAUCUAUUUUCACUCAGCAUCUGUUGCUUGAAUGCACAGCCACUUGCGAAACAGCAGCAACAGCAGUUAGCAUCCUAUUCAUCAUCAAUAAAGACAAGUAUACCCGCAUCUUACCUGAAGAGAUAUCAAAACAUGAACGAAUUUGAACGCUAUUAUACAAACAUUGUUAAUCUUGCUAUGGAUGAAGUUGUUCGAGACUUGAUUGAAACUGCUGCUGACACUUACUACACAAUUCAUGAAUUGCAAUUUGUUGGCAAAGACUAUUGUAAUUUAAUCUACACCGACAUUACACACUCGCUUGAAUACCAAAUGAACCAUAAGGUUCGAUACCGUCUACUGGCUGCCAUUCGACCAUUGAUCGACAUUUAUUACGACCAGAAUAAGAAGGUUAAAAGCAUUAUCGAGCUAAAUCAUUUUAUCGGACAACAGCUUGGACUCAUUUUGAAUGCUCACCACUUAUCAGAUCAGAUUAUUCGACAAAUUUCUGACAGUAAAUCAACAAACAAUAUCCUUCAAAGACUGUGGAAGCUGGUUACCAACAGAAAAUACGCAGAAGCGAGACAGCAUGAAUUGAAUGAAUCCAUUGCACUUCAAGCUUGGCUACAGUCCUGGUUAACUGAUAUUGAGUUUAUUGUUACUGAAGAUUUUGAUUCGAAUUUAUACACUCUUUCUCAAAAUGUAGUCGUUGUUUAGAUUAUUCACCUACUUGAGAAAUAAAAAUGUCUGUUUGAAAACUUUAUAUGCUGCCUGUGUUAGGAAUUAAUGAUAGGCCGCGUUUUGUAGAAUAAUAGGUUGAUAUUAUUGAAACGAUCAAAAAAUAGAUUGCUUUGAAAAAACCUUCAUUCCAUUAUUCGACCCUUUUGACUGAUGUUUUUUUUUUAAUCUGCAUAUGACCAUUCUAAGUGAGGCAGUCCUCCUAGCUGGUAUCUCUUUCAU